AUUGGCUGAUCCUUCCUGGACAUGACUCCAACAGGGUCACCAGGAGGGACCAGCAAAUGCAGUUGGAAGUCCCAUCCAGUUGACUACAUGAAAAUGGUGGAAGCCUGCAAUGGGGACUUGGCUGUGGUAGUUGUAACUGAAGGUCAAGGUUGGGAAAUAGAGGAAGCGGAUGUUUUGUUUGAAUCAGAUUGCGUGUCUAGUGGAGAUGAGAGGAAAAAAAUAUUGGAUUUACAAUGGCAAAUACAAAACGAUAUAAGAGAAGAAAAGUGGUAGUGGAAUCCAAGCCAAGUUAUUUUGGAGAGCACCACCCUGACAGUCACCAAUGGCAGUUGCAGUGCCCAAACUCUCCAGUGGUGCUGUUGUCAAAAUCCGCUACAACAGCAUAGAUGUGGGCACCACUCGAUGGAAGGAGGGGACCUUUGAGGUUCUUGAGAAGGAUAACAAAGUCAACCUGUGCCUGAAGUUUAGUGCCGGUGGUGCAGCCAAAAGUUUCCAGCUCAACCAUAAUGUGAAUAAUGUCGUGAUGCAGCCCAUACACACUAUGAGACGAAUUGUGGUGACUCUGAAGGAUGACAGCAUAGUCACCCUUGAGAGAGUUCCCCCUGUUGUGGCUGAGAAAAUGAAAGAAUACCUUGAAAAGCUGAAGCAUGGAAAAUCAACCGUUUUAAAGACCUCCCAGGGAAGUGCCAGCUUUGGUGUGCUCGGGAAUCGAUCCGUAAAGAAUGAGACCAGUCCGCAUGGAGAACGACAGACAACACCCAGGCGACCCAUUGUGGACAACAGGGAGGAGACGACGACCCGCAAGCCCCUGGGUAGCCCCAGCAGAGUGACCUCCACACCUGCCCGCAGUGGGCUGUCUGAGAACAGGAAUGAGAAGAGGAAGAGACUCCACAUCUUUGACUGUGACCUGACUGAGGACUACCCCAAGGAGAAUGACUCAUCCAGCAAUAACAAGGCCACGUCGGAUCCCUCCAGGAAAUUUCUGCUGAGCUGCAAAGACAAGCUGAAACAGGCAGAGGAGAACCGUAGCUCAGUUUCACUGGUCCAGGCACCACUUCAGCCCACGUCAUUCUACGGCAGCCGUUCGGCGACCAAAGACUACUCCGCGAGUCAAUCCUUUCUAGACAGGCCAUCCACUACAUCCCAGACCACCUCGGCUAAGAGAAGUCUCAUGUUACCCAAUCACUCAACCCCCUUAAAGAAAGUGCGCCCCACUCUGGACUACGGUGGCUGGAACAAACCGAGACCGUCCACUCUGGCCCAGCCCCAGCCUCCACUGCAAGGAUUCUCCAACCUGGGCAACACGUGUUACAUGAACGCCAUCCUCCAGUCUCUUUUCAGCCUGCCAUCAUUCUCCAAUGAUCUGCUGAAGCAGGGAAUCCCAUGGAAGAAGAUCCCAUUCAACGCCCUGCUCAGACGCUUUGCCCACUUGCUGGCCAAGAAGGACAUCUCGUGCCCCGAGGUGAAGAAAGACCUGCUGAGGAGAGUGAAGAGUGCCAUCUCCUCCACCGCCGAGCGCUUCUCCGGAUACAUGCAGAACGAUGCCCAUGAGUUUCUGAGCCAGUGCCUGGACCAGCUGAAGGAGGACGUGGAGAAAAUGAACAAGAGCUGGAAAAGCGAGUCGGCAGCGGCCGCGUGGGAUGAGCCUCCCCAGCAGGCGGCCGCAGCCCGGCCCGGGGAGGAAGCGAACACCUCGCGCAUCUACACCUGUCCUGUGGUGGUUAACAUGGAGUUUGAGGUGCAGCACACAAUCACCUGCAAAGACUGUGGCGAGGUGGUGACCAAGCGGGAGCAGUUCAACGACCUGUCCAUUGACCUGCCUCGCAGGAAGAAGACCAUCCCCCUCCGGUCCAUCCAGGACUCUCUGGACCUCUUCUUCAGGAUCGAGGAAAUCGAGUAUUCGUGUGAGAAGUGCAGCGGGAAAGUGGCGACGGUGACUCAUAAAUUCAGCCGACUCCCCAGAGUUCUGAUUCUGCACCUGAAGCGCUACAGCUUCAAUGCCCAGCUGUCACUGAACAGUAAGCUAGGCCAGCAGGUGAUGAUCCCCCGCUACCUCACGCUGCUGUCCCACUGCACGGACGCCACUCGACCCCCACUCAGUCUGGGCUGGAGCGCAAACGCCGCCAUGUCACGAACACUGAAGGCCUCCCAGUCGGUGAACUCCUCCUCACUACUUCGGAAAUUGUCUCUGAAGGCGGGGGGCAGCUCCAGCACUAUCCUGGUGGACUCUGACAGCGAGGAGGAGCUGAGCCGGAAGGUGGUGAGCCGCAAGCGCCGCCUCAGCGACUGUCUGCCCGACGACAGAGCAGAUGAGGUCCAGCGAGGCGUCCACCACACAGACGCGUCAGACUUCAACAGCAUCAACGAUGAGGAAAUGCUGGCCGCGGUGCUGGAGAUGAGUCGCCAGGACGCUGGGCUCUCCUGCCACGCCCCUGAGGACGAGCCAACCAGCAGCCCUGACACGGGCUUCGGCGACGCCGACGCCCAGGAGAUGAACUACCGCCCAGACCUGCUGGAGACUGACACUAAGCCGUCUGCAGACGUGCUGGACUCCCUGGACCUGACCAUGGACGAGAACAAGGAGAACCAGACCCCCGAGGGGGUGCAGGGGGAUCUGGACUGGGUGCAGCAGUAUGGCCUGGAGCAGGAGAGGGAGGAGCAGGAGCUGCAGCAAGCCCUGGCCCAGAGCCUGCAGGAGCAUGAAGCCCAAGAGAUGAGGGAGGACGACGACCUGAAGAGAGCCACAGAGCUCAGCCUGCAAGAGUUCAACAAUUCGUUGCCGGAGCUGCUGUGUUCAGACGAGGACUCUGGAAACGAGGAGGUGCUGGAUAUGGAGUACAGCGAAGCAGAGACCGAGGAUCUGAAGAGAAAUGCUGAGAGCGGAGAUUUGGCCAACUCGUUCCGGCUGAUCAGUGUAGUCAGUCACAUCGGGAGCAGCUCCUCCUCUGGCCAUUACAUCAGCGACGUGUACGACAUGAAGAAGCAGUCGUGGCUGACCUACAACGACCUGGAUGUGUCGCGCACGCAAGAGGCCACGGUGCAGAGAGACCGCGACCGCAGCGGAUACAUCUUUUUCUACAUGCACAAGGAUGUGUUUGAGGAGCUGUCUGAGCUAGAAAGGACAGGGGCCAGUGGAGGAGCCUCUGAGGCAGGGAGGACUGUCCUGCAGCCCCUCUGAGCCACCAGUCCGUCAUCAGUCACACACCAACCAACACACUGAGCUCUCCCCAACAGAUGGGUCGGGUUUGGGAUGAAGGAGAACAUUUCUCCAGUACUACUGAUCACAAUACACAUUUUUCUGUCUUCAGGCACUUUGUGCUUUUUUAAAACAAAACAACAGGCCAUGGUAGCUUCUGUCGCGAAGGCAGGCUCAGACGUCAGCACACACAGCCAACGUCCUUCUCGCCAGGUCUGUUCAGAAAUGAGAGACGGUGCUCUCAAAAGAAAGAAAAGAGACUGUUCUUUGUUUAUUAAACACAGAGAUAUUAGCCUUGAACUUUUCAGGCUUCUUUAUUUAAUUUUCUAUGAUUUGUUGUUGUAAUAUAGUGUUUCUUGGCACACAUGAUAUUAACUGUCAUGCAUUUAAGAAAUUAAAUAGUAUGUGUCAUGCUUGAUGCUGGUGCUCCUUGGA